UGCGCCCCAUGCCCCAGAGCUGCGCUCCGGGGCCCCGGGCGAGGAGAGACAUGGCAGUGGCCGCUCAGUGUCCCCAGCCGCCGUCCGCGAGUUCCCAGACUGGGCUUUCUCAAGCCAACCUCUCGGCUGGUCCCUCCCACAACUGCAGCGCCGCCGAGGAGUACAUUUACCAGGACUUCAUCGCCCUGCCCUGGAAAGUAGUCGUGGUCCUGCUGCUGGCGCUCUUCACCUUGGCCACCACGCUCUCCAACGCCUUUGUGAUCGUCACUGUGUACCGGACGCGGAAGCUGCAUACCCCGGCCAACUACCUGAUCGCCUCCUUGGCGGUCACCGACCUGCUGGUGUCCAUCCUGGUGAUGCCCAUAAGCACCAUGUACACGGUCACGGGCCGCUGGACGCUGGGCCAGGUGGUCUGCGACUUCUGGCUGUCGUCGGACAUCACCUGUUGCACAGCCUCCAUCCUGCACCUCUGCGUCAUCGCCCUGGACCGCUACUGGGCCAUCACGGACGCCGUGGAGUACUCGGCGAAAAGGACUCCCAAGAGGGCCGCGGUCAUGAUCGCGCUCGUGUGGGUCUUCUCCAUCUGCAUCUCGCUGCCGCCCUUCUUCUGGCGGCAGGCCAAAGCCGAGGCGAUGUCGAACUGCGUGGUGAACACCGACCACGUCCUGUACACCGUCUACUCCACGGGGGGCGCUUUCUACUUCCCCACCCUGCUCCUCAUCGCCCUCUAUGGCCGCAUCUACGUGGAAGCUCGCUCCCGGAUUUUGAAACAGACGCCCAACAGAACCGGCAAGCGUCUGACCCGAGCCCAGCUGAUUACCGACUCCCCCGGCUCCACGUCUUCGGUCACCUCGAUUAACUCGCGGGCUCCGGAGGUACCCAGCGAAUCCGGGUCUCCAGUGUACGUGAACCAAGUCAAAGUGCGCGUCUCCGACGCCCUGCUGGAGAAGAAGAAACUCAUGGCCGCUAGGGAGCGCAAAGCCACCAAGACCCUGGGGAUCAUUUUGGGCGCGUUCAUCGUGUGUUGGCUGCCCUUCUUCAUCAUCUCCCUGGUCAUCCCGAUCUGCACAUCCUGCUGGUUCCACCAGGCCAUCUUUGACUUCUUCACGUGGCUGGGCUAUCUCAACUCCCUCAUUAACCCCAUCAUCUACACCAUGUCCAACGAGGACUUCAAACAAGCUUUCCAUAAACUGAUAGGCUUCAAGUGCACGAACUGACUUGUUAAUUACAGUGGGGUCGCCUAAGCGCCCUUCAGGGGACCACGCUGUGUCUGGUUCCACAAGGUAGGCUGACUCUUCUUUCACUGUUACUGGGUCGGAAUGAGGCUAUCUCUUUUGAGCAAGGGCUGUGGAUCCUGAGAAAACCAGGACAGCCCUAAGAGAGAUCUAAAGGAGAAUUGUUCAAACUAAGGAUAGAGCUUCCUGGCUGAGGAGAAGGCUCACUUCCUCCCUGCAAACCCGUUUCAGCACUGACCCUUCAGCAGCCCAUGGCAAGGGGGCUGCAACUUUUAGAAAACCAACGAUGGAGAAGGGAGCCCUGCGCUGCUUUGGUAUCAUGGAUGAGGCCCUCUAGAACUACAGGAACUUGUAGUUCUUGUCUGCAGCCUGUCUGAGACAGAGCUACACACAACCUGACUGUACUUGAACUAGACAUUAACACCCUGUCUUUCGGGCAGAACUCUGUGUUACAGCUUCCUUUAAGAACAGUUACUUUGGCAUCCUUCAAUCUUCAUUCAGUUUUUGUUAAUUUAAAACUUGGUUGGAGAAACUUGCGGAUUUGGUGUGGCUUGGAUAGCACAGAGAAACCUUGAAGAGUUAACAGCAAAAUUCUGAUGUUAAGAUCUCUAUUUUUAUUAUAAUUGAAACUAUAUGGGAUGGGUGGGUAAAAAUGGGAGAUGGGGAGUAUUAAACGGAAAACCAACACCUAUGGAUUGUUUGUUUUCUGCAGAUUUAUAAUUUUUUAAUUCAUAUGUAGUGAUUGUCAAACCACACUCCUAACAACUCAGACGAAAUGUUACGUGUGCUAGUGCCAAAGUCUGCAGAUUGCUUUUUUUUCCUCCUAAUUUCAUGUACCUGCCAUUUUACACAUUUAAAUCCCCAGAAAUGGGGGAUAUGAUGGGUGACUCAGCCCAAGCUGCUGCUAUAUUUCUUAUUAAUGCCACUGAUAGAAACUGAUGAGUAUGAUAUAUAUAUAUAUAUCAUUUGCAAGGUAAGUAUUUUUAAUCCCAAUCAAGUGAGCCAUGGAAUUGAGUGAGAUGAGAUAGGAAUAGUUCUUAUACAAUUAAGGAAUGGGUGGCAACAGGAGGAUGUAUAUUUUGACUUGUAAAAAAAUCUUAAAUGCAUGAGACUUUUUUCUGCUAGUCAUUUGCACUCUCCUUCCCAUCUGUAAUUCCUUUGUGUGCUAACAUGAAAAGUAAUCAAGAGAACUAGCUCCUUUCUCCAAAAGUCUUCAAAAUAGUAAAACUCCUAAAACCUAUGUUAAAGAUAAAAACCUGUUUCUUUUCCCUUGCUAUUGAAGUCUGAGUAGGAACAAAAUUAUUAGAAAGACAAGUAAGGGUUUUCAAAAAGCUUAGAGAAGCUAAAAUUGAACUUGGUUCCUUGUGACUCAUGGAACCAACCCUCAGACUUCCUGGGCAACCAGAAACUAACAAGCUUUUGAAUCUUGGAAAUUUGUCAUUGACCUGAUAUUUCUAUGAACAUAAUAUCAAUAGUACUUUAAAUUUAUCUCUGUUUCAAAUUUCAAAAAUACUUAGUUGUUAUCUUAAAUUCACUCUGAGGACUCCCUAGUACAGGGCAAGAUUACGCACUAAAAGAUGAAAAAUGCAUGCUCUAAAUAAAAUGGAGUAGCCCCAAAGGAUUACCUGCACGGAAAACAAAUGUGUCUGUGGAACAUUUAUUAUGCCAAAGAAGAUACACACUUUGUUCUUUAGAGAGCUUUCUGCAGUUGAUAUCUUUUGUCUGCAGAAGCAAGUUGUCUUUGUAAAAUGGAUUCAUUCCCUGCUUGAAGCUUCCCAGUCCAGACUGUCAGACAAUAGAUGUAUUGAGCUGAAGUAUACUGCUUCCCUGCUGUGCACACCUUUACUCUGGCAUAAUGACUCUUGAAAAUACCCUAUUUAAAGGUUUACAUGUAAACUAAGUACAAAAGAAAAUUUUGAUCAACAUUGACACCUGUCACUGGAGUAAGAGAAAAUAUUAGGCAUUAGAUAAUCCUAUAUUUUUGCUGUAUCCCCAAAGUCUGUUUGUUUUGUGUGACAUUUCUCCUAUGGAGAGAUCAAGCUUACUACCGAGAGGACUGUGCAUAGAGCACAUAAUUUAUUUUUAUGUUACUGUUUGUCUUUUGGUUAGGUAUUUUCUUGGGCCUAAGAAGCAAUUAAGCCAACUUCUAGGAGCCUGAGAAAGCAAAAUUAAUUGAAACCCAUAGCCAAUUACAAAUGAUUUCUUUAUAGGGCAUCUGCAAUGAUUUUGUCCUCGUAUUAACAAAAUGUGGUCAAUUUAGUCAAACGGGUUGUUUGCCAUUUUUAGAUGACCUACCUAAAUUUUUGCUUGACUCCUUUGCUGAAUCAACUGGAUUGGGGGCAUACUGUAUGAAAUAGAAGCUUGCAAACCCUUGUAGUUAUAAGAAAUCUAGACACCUCAUCCAGCAUUGCACAUGGUUAUGCAAAGUGUAUUAUUCAUCCCAGGGGUAUGUAGUUAAGACUAUUAAGCUUCUUUUCAGUUACUGCUGCCUAUAGCAUAGAUUGUUUCAUAAACUAGACAUGUGACACUUUUUGCAGAACAUUAUAUGGGAGAUGGAAAUAUUUAACUUACAUAGAAAUGAAAAUAUAUUUUCAUUGGCUGUGGUAACAAAUAACAUUUUCCAUAUUGUUGAAUUGCACAAAUUUUCACAAAAAUAUAUGAAUGUAUACUCCUCCCCAAAUGCCAAUAUUGUCUUGUGUUUCUAGGAAUUUUAGAGUUUCCUUUUUAAAAAUGGACACUGUACCUAUGAAUGAAUGGUUAUUGACUUCAACAAAUUUCCUACAGAACAAUAUUCUUCACUGUUCCUGUCUAUUAUCUUAGUUUUAUCUUCUUGAUCCAGGAAACACUGAGAGGACUAUAAUUUACUCAAGCAGCAAAAUCUCAGAUUAUGUGCAUUUGAUGGAGUUACUGUGACUGCAAAUUGCCUUUUCCACCUUUCAAAAAUGUGUUAAUUGAAAGUGAAAUUUAGGAAAAUAAUGAAAUAAAAGUCCUUUUGUGUUCUA